AUGUCAACCCUGCUCUUCUGGCAGGGCAAAGGCAAGGCGAACGGUGCCCCCAAUGGCAGGAACUGGAUACACGCACCAGACGCAUUGGUGAAGGGGCAUGUGGCGUAUUUGGUUAAGUUCCUCGGCUGCACACAUGUGGAUCAACCGAAAGGGAUUGAAGUGGUCAAGGACGCCAUCAAGAAGCUGCAAUUCACGCAGCAACUGAAGAAGUCGGAGACAAAAGAUGCUGCCAAAUGCAAGAAGGUGGAGAUCACCGUGUCUGUGGAUGGAGUGGCUGUACAGGAGCCAAGAUCAAACAACGUGAUGUAUCAAUUUCCACUUCAUAGAAUCUCCUACUGCGCUGAUGAUAAAGGGGCGAAGAAGUAUUUCUCUUUUAUUGCUAAAGGUGGCAGUACAGUCAACGGUGUAAAUGGACACGAUACAAAUAUGGAGAAACACGAAUGUUUUGUGUUCAUUUCGACGAAAUUAGCUUCGGAAAUCACUCUAACUAUUGGACAGGCGUUUGAUCUAGCUUAUAGGCGCUUCUUGAAUGACAACGGGAAGUAUAUAGAAUUGCAGAAGUUGACGCUCCAAAACAAAAAGCUGGAAUUGCAGAUUACAGCAUAUAAGAACCGAUUACAGGAGCUGUCAAAAAUAACAUACAAGGACGACUUGUCCGCGUACCUCACACGCAACAAAAUCACGGACAUAGUCGAAUUCAAAACGCCACUGGAGUUGGAGAAGCAAAUCUCGUCUCUGAGUAUUGCGAAUGGGUUUGGGUGUAAUGGGAAGGUGACUGAGUUUGGCGCAGAUGCUCUGUCAAACAACUCGACAGACACCAACAAUUCGAAUGACAACAAUUUGUUGUUGUCGACUCCGCCACCAGUUCACAACAAUAAGACUGGUAUGCUCCUGGGUGACUUGUCUCCAAGCAAGACUCCAUCGGUAGGAACCAAACUGGAGGGUCUCCUCAUGAACUCGGACUCUGAUAGUGAAUUCGAUCCUCGUGCCUACGAAUCCGAGCCUGUGUCGCGCUUCAACUCGACCAUAGAGAGUCCAACGCCAAUUCUCGCCCCACCGCCAAAAACUCCGAAACGCCAAAACCAAAACGGGAAUGACCCGUUCGGCUCGACGCCCUUCACGGUUCCGGCGCAGUCGUUCGCUCCCAGGCCGAAUUAUGACAUUGACUUGAACCUUCAAACGUCUGUGUUCACGUCGACCAAUCUGACAGGCUACGACCCGUUUGACACGCAGAAGGCGGGCAUUUUCGGUUAUGGCAACAACUUUAAUGGAUUCGCCAAUUUGAGCGAGAAGCGGGAAUUGGAUAGAGGAUUUGACGGGUUUCUGGACAAGACCAUUACGGAAAUGAAGGACGGCUUCAGCAGAGGGAUCAGCUUUGGAAACGACGAUUUUUCAAUAGACAACCUCGAUCCUCUGAAGAAAAAUUAA